GGAAACUACAGGUGAUUAUCUGUGCAUGGUUUAAUCAUGGUAAUUAGUUUAACGACAUAGCACUGGACUAGAUUUGGUGUGAGUUAAAGAAAGAUUUGGUAACGUUUGGGCAACAGUUUCCUUUGUAUUCUUGACGCGGCCAGUGCUCAGCAGUUCGUGCGCAAGGUGGCGCUCGAUAGUAAUAAAAAUCCGCACAAAUUUACGGGGCAUAUCCAUUCAUGUUCCCGAGAGCAAACCUAAUAGAAACCUAACUUAGUUUGCGGUAAAAAGGUAAAUGUCUUAGCUGCAGUGUUAUAGAAUACUAAUGGAUUCUUCGAGUGGAUUAUAUUGCGUUUUAAUUCCUCGAACAAGAAGUCACAAUUGCGUUAUCUUUUUUUAUAUGCAAUGAUUGAUUAGGUGUGGUCGUGAAUCAUGGUGGAAUUUACACUUUGCAGUGUGCUUAUGCAGUGUGCCUAUAUAACUGAAGAGGCAGUGCAACGAUGAUCUCUGUGCCAGCCGACUCAUAGAGUACCGACACACGCAGCACGGGCAUUUCGAGCUAGGUCGCCAAAGGAGCUGGGGACGAAUAGGACGCUGAGGCUGACGCUGGGAUUAACUGGAUACGAUACCAUUUUCACAAUCGAUUAGGAAUAUGAAUACUUUUAGACUUGUUUUGCUUUUCAUUCAGUGCCUUGGUAGGUAUUUAAUACAACAGGUUUCAGUGAGUUUUAAGUAGACAGCUACGAAUUACACUUAAGCACAUAAAUUAGGCGAGGAUUAAACUUCACAUGAUUUCCCUAACAAUUAGAGUAGGUUUGCUUUAAUUAACCUAACAAGCGAUGGAAGCUUUAUUUUUGAUACCACAACGUUUAAUCCUGAACAAUCUUGCAUUUUGUUUUUUUUUGUUUUUUCUCAUAACAUAUGAUACACCUGUUAACUGGCGUUUUGUUACAGUUUCUCUCAAGGUGUCUCAGGGUGCGUCCACGGAUGAGAGCGCGAAACCCAAAACGACGGUGGUGAAUCUUUUUUACAGUGAAGAUGAUAUAAGCAGUACGGCUCAUCAGAUAGACAACGAUGAAUACCUUUACGAAAGUGAAGACGAUCUUUCUGGGGAUUACGAGGUUGACUAUCCCAGAGUGGGAUUUUCCACCCAACCUAAGGAUUCCACUGUGAUGCUCAAUACAGAGAACAGAAGGACUGGCAAAAGAAAGGCCAAAGGCAAGAAGGACCCCUGUUUGAGGAAGAAAUACAGGGAUUAUUGCAUUCAUGGGGUUUGUCAGUACAUGAAGGAACUAGAUCAUCCAACUUGCAGAUGUGAGGCAGGAUACACAGGAGAGAGGUGCCACUCGCUGAGUCUGCCUGUCGGUAAGGAAGCUGAAGACUACAACCAGACCACAGCUUUGGCCAUAAUGGCAGUGGUUCUGUCCUUAAUGUGUCUUACCAUCAUUGGCAUUUUACUGGCCUUCAGGUACCACAGAAAAAAUGACUGUGAUGUAGAAAGUGAAGAGAAAAUCAGACUUGAAGCAGCCACUGUAUAGUAGUGAUGAUAAUGCAGGGUGAGUACUGUAAUUCAUAAAGGACAAUCUGUACUGUAAGAAAUCUCAGCUGAAUACCUUUGGGGGGGAAAUAACAAUCUGAUAAAAAUGGUUGGAAAUUCAAGAUUUUGGCAAAUAGGUUUUUGUUCAACUUGAAUUAUUACUAAUGAUUACUACAUUUCAUACGAGAUUCCGAACCCUUUGCCUCAAUUGAUAUUCAACCCACCAGACAGACAGAACUUGUCAUUGCUGCGGAGGAAAUUGAUAGUCCAUGGACUUACAUGACUUUCCAAGCCUGCCUUGAAGGAUAUAUUGAACAUUUUUUCCUUAGAGACUUUAGCUAUCCUUUACAGAAAACAUAGAUAAGUGCAUCUGUAUGUCUAAAACAUACUGGAAGUGAAGUAAGAAAAUCAACGAAUGUAGCUGAAUCAAGAUUUGUUCAUCUUUUUCUUUUAUUUAUAUCUUAAAUAGUGCAGUCUGUAUUCAUGACUGUCUGGAACACCCAACCAACAAGUAAUUAUUUAUUUAUGUAUUAACUAUUUAUUUUUGCUAUGUAAUCAUUUUGUAUAUUUACUGAAUGUUUUGUCAGUUUGUCAGAUGUACGUUGUGCUCUGUAAGUAGCUGCGCAGUGACACAAUUCUUGUAUUUUAUCUUACUCUAGCACACUGGAGGUUAAAAUGCCAAAUAAGUUUUAAUGUGAAGGCAUUUAUAUCUAGACUGGGUGAACCACAUAGAACCCACAACAUUUUUCAUACGUAGUCCUUUCAUUUCAGGGGACAUAAGUACUUGGACCACUAAAUAUAAUAUUUUAUAAAAUUGUCCUUUAAUAAUUUUUGAUAAUUCUUUGCAAUCAAGUGCCUGAAGUAUACAACCCAGACAUCAGUCACAGGGUGUCUAACCCCUGCCUCAGAGGCAGGCAUUUUCAGUUCUUGUUUAUUAACAUUGUGUCAAAAAAAAAAAUGUUUUCCCUUUGUGAUGGCUUGUCUUACUGAUAUUGACAUUACAUGGCCCUCAUGUAAACUUACCAGAUGCUAUGCCACAUCUAGAAUCAACUCUGGACCUUUUGUUAGCUCUAUUGUGCAUAACCUCUAUUGAGCUCGAUGAAGUGGCACAGCUGGCUAAUAGUACUAGAGCAGCUGGUUGUAAACUGUGUAUAAGAAAGGUUCAUAUAUGGGUCAUCCAAUACAAGGCUAAGUACCUUCACGUUAUU